AUGGCGAAGUCGGUGGAGGAGAUUUCGACUCAGCUCGGGUUGAUGAUGAAGCAGUUCGCGGGUUUCCAGACGAUGAUGCAGAGUACCAUGGACUCGGUGGAUGCCAUUGGGACAUGGCAGGCGACCGCGGACACGGCGUUCGACGAAUUGCGCGAGCGAGCGCAGGGUAGGUCUACCUCGCUGGAAGCGGUGACCAGGCGGGUAGAGCUCGCGGCGACGCGGGUGGACUCGAUUGAGGCGCGGCUUAUGACAGCUCCUGCACCGCCACCGAUUCGGCCAGCACCGGCGUUGAGGAACAUGGACCUCAACGCGGCUCCCGGAUCGUCCUCGUGCUCACCUGCGAGGGACGGGGAGCGGGCCAAGGGCCACGGCGAGGACUGCGGCGGGAUCCUUGGACCCUGGCCGCAGGACUUCAGGAAGGGUACGCAUCCUACUCCAACCCCCGUUGAACCCCCUUUCCUGGAUGAUUCUGUUCAUACAAAUUUUCGUUCGCCUCCUUUCCCCAAAUUGGAGUUUCCGAAGUUUGACGGUGAAUUUCCUCGUUUAUGGUGGGAUGAAUACGAGAUGUUCUUUGAAGUAUAUGCUGCGCAACCCUCGUUGAAGACCCGGUUUGCCGCUCUGAACUUCAAGGGAGUCGCCAAGACGUGGUUGCAGACGAUUCAGAGGAAGGGGCGGAUUGAGGAUUGGGAGCAGUUGUGUGAAUUAGUGAUGAACCGUUUUGAUAAGAAUCAAUAUCAGUUGUUGCUCAAGCGGUUUAAUGCUCUCAGACAGACUGGGUCAGUAGAUGAUUAUCAGGAAGAGUUUGAGAAGCUGGCUCAUGGGAUCCUGUUGUACAACAACAGUUAUGAUGAUACUUAUUUUGUCACAAGAUUUGUUGCUGGCCUUAAGGAGGAAAUCCGAGCUGUCAUCACCCUGCACAGGCCCAAAGAUGUGGACACUGCUAGUGCUCUGGCCCUUUUGCAGGAGGAAGAGUUAGCUCGAGGGAAAUCAAAGUUCAGUAGCUAUCCCAAGAGUAACUUUAGGCAGUCAUAUGAUAAAUCCAAGACUCUGGAUAUUGACAGAGGCAAAGCUGAGAACUCUGUCAAGGAGGGUGAGGAUAAGUUGUCUUCCCUGAGAGAGUUGAGAAAGAAAAAUGGGUCAUGCUUCAAGUGUGGGGCAAAGUGGAGCAACAACCAUAAAUGUCCUGCUCAGGUUCCCUUGCAUGUUCUAGAAGAAAUCUUGGAUGCUCUUGAGCCUAUAGAUGACCCUGAGGAAGAGGUGUCUGUGGAAGUGGAAGAUGAGGUCAUUGCAACUGUAUCUCAGGCAACUUCUCAGGACAAUAUUAGAAGGAGAACUAUGAGAUUGUGUGGUAGCAUUGGCAAAUUGACUGUGCUCAUUCUAGUUGACUCAGACAGUGUGGGGUCUUUUAUUAGUGACAGACUGGCUGCUCAUCUGCAAAUGGCUAUAGUCUCUUGUACUCCAGUUCAGCUGAUGGCAGCUGAUAGAAGCCCAAUGGUGUGUGACCAGAAGAUUCCAAGUUUGCAGUGGACUGCUCAGGGGCAUACUUUUUUCUCCUCAGUUGGCAUCCUACCUGUCAAGUGUUUUGAUAUGAUUGUUGGGGUUGAUUGGCUUGAGGAGCAUAGCCCAAUGUGGGUUCAUUGGGGUAGAAAGCUUAUGAGGUUUACUGUAAAUGGCAAGAGAGUGCCAUUGCAAGGCUUAACUUCUGAUCUUGAGCAGUGCCAAGCUGUUUCCAGUAAAGCCUUGCAAGGUCUUCUUAAUAGACAAGCUGUUUCUCAUUGUAUUCAGUUAAGAUUGGAUGAUCAACAGUACAUGCAGCUUCAGGAGAUGGUGGACAUUGCUGUAAUUUCUGAUCAGCAGCUACAUUCUGAAGUUUAG